AUGUCGGGUACUCCGUACGGCCUGUCGUCCCAGCGUCGACAGGAACUGCGAACUGCCUUCCAUGCUUUCGACAAAAACAAAACCGGGAAACUGGAUGUAGGUGAAAUGAAAUACCUUUUGAAGUCCAUUGGGGUCUGUCUUACGAGAAGAGAGCAGAGAGCUCUGGAAGCGGAGUUUGCGGAUAGAGGGGAAUUUGAUUACGAAGACCUCCUGACCAUUGGCCAGGUGGUUUAUAACGACGUUGCAAUUGAAAACGCCCUCGUUCUAGCCCUGAGAAAAUUAACUCCCAAAGGCGCAAAAACAGUCCCCAGAACUGUCUUAAGAGACAUGUUGCUUAACUUGGGGUACUCCGUGACUGAUAGAGAGCCAAGAGGAGGAGCUGAAGCAGUAUCCGAAGAAGCGCAUAUUUCUAUAGAUUCUUCGCUGCGCAUUCCAUAA